AUGGAGUAGAUGUUAUUGGAAAAGAUAACUCCAAGAGAUGAGUUGGCAAGCAAUUCGCUCUAGGAACAUUCUAAGACCACGGAUCUCAGAUCUAAUUACAACACCAAGAAUAUUUCAAAGCUAGACAAUUUCUUUAUUCCAAUGGAGCUAUCUGACUAUUUACUUACUAGUAAUCUUGGGACAGAUUAAUCAGAGAAGGACAUUAAUAAACUCAUGCAUCAAACACUAAUAAAUGUAGCAAAUAGACUAAACCAUCAUCAGCAAGUGCAUUAUGACAUCUUAGAGGUGCUUAACUCUGAGCUCAAGACUAGACCUACUUUCAGGCAGACCAUUGAGAACUUUAGAAUGAAUAUACCUAGAAUUAAGGAAGCAAGGUUGCAGGAAAGAGAUGACUUGAUGAUGGGGAGAACUCCAUUAGCAGAUGAUAACAUAGUUAAAGUUGUAAGUGACAGAUACUUUUCAAAAGAUGAGAACUAUUUGGCGAUUGACGGCUAGCGCAGUAAAGACCCGAAUCUCUGUGAGCUCUAUGUCGACACUCAUUACAUUGACUACAUGCUUGGCAACUUAAACCAAGAGUCCCAAUUUUUAUUUGAAGAUCUGAAUAGGAAGGUAAAUGAUAAUACCUCAAAUAUAGUAAAGCUGCUGGACUCUCAUGAUAGAGAGUAUAAAUGGAUUCAAGCUUAGAUGUUCAAAACUAUUAGACAGAGCACCAAAACUAAUAACUUGCUGACUCGCACUCUUCUGAAUAAAUUCGCAUACACGAAGAAAAAAAUACUCUAUGCUGAGUGGAAGCGCAUGGUCGUGAAUAAGAGGCAUGAAUAGCAUUAGUUGAAACGCAUGGUUGCCAUAUUCAGCAAGUAUCAUUAAGCAAAGGCAUUGGGAAGAAUAAAGAAUAACAUUAGAAAGGAAAAGGUGAUCAAGGACAGAAGCAAGCUUGAAGGAGUGUUUCUGAUGCUUGACGAACUAAAAAUUCACUUGAAGAAAUUUGACAAGGCUUUGGAGCGGAUGUUCAAGGAAAAGAGUGAUAGGACUGAAUUUGAAAUGCUCAAAUAGAGUGUCGACUAGAAUAGAGCCAAGACUAUCUUCAAUGACAUGAAAGAACUCUUUGAUACGUACAUGGUUUAAUUUAAAGAUUAACUUGAAAAUGAAAAGGCUAAAAUGCGGGAGGCCUUCUAGUAUAUGCUUUCUGAGACUGAAGAAAAAUGUGAUAGGAAGGAUUUGAGAAGUUUUCAAUUGAGAAUCGAUAAACUAGAGCAGUCAAUCUCCAAUAUGCAACUUGAGAAUUGCAAGUUGAAGGAAAAGAUAUCAACUGAUAGAAUAGAAUUUAACAUGAACAGAUGCUUUGAUGAGCUUGGCUUUUCGAAAUAGAAAAUAGAUUUUCUCGAAUAGGACAACGAGGACAUUCGAUCGAAAGUGGAUUACUUCAUUCACUUGGUAUAAAACUCUCAAAUCUAGAUGGGAUAGAACUAGGAUAGGAAUACUAACUCCUCUGAGUAAUAUGCACUUGUACCAAUUUAAACCCACAAUAGUCAGUUCAGAACUAUUCAUGCUAGAAGUAAUGACAUAAAUAGAGGUAAGAGGAGGCAGCAGAGCAUGGAUGAUCUUUAGGAGUAAGUCUUGAAUCUCUAAUCUGCUAAAACCUCUGCCAAUAAUCUGUAUAGCUAGAAUCAUACUAUUGGUAAUCCCAAUGAUUAGAGGCCUCAUACUUCUUGGGGUGGUUCUGGCAGGAUCUCUUCUUCCUCUCGACCAAAAACUAAAGAAUUUACUCUGAGGUAAAAUUAGAACUACUCCAAUGUAUCAACAAACUAUCGUGAUAUUCAUUCUGCUAAAAAUAGAAGAGCCUCUAGUAAUAUCGACACCUCUAACCUCAAUUAAAGUGGGUAGAAUAUGAGUGGAGCUAAUUUCUUCAUUACAGCUACUCCGCUUUAGGUAAAUAACAUUGAGGUAUCUACAGCUGCUAACACAGUGACUGGUAAGAAUGGCAUGCCUAGCUCGUCAAAGUAGUUUAAACUUAGAGAAAUAUAAACAGGGACGUCUCUAAAUAAUGCUGGAAAUGGGAAUAGUAGUGCAAACGUAGUAGGAAAUGGACUAAAUAAUGGAAAUGUAUUGAAUAAUUCAGGUUAUGGAAUACUUCAGAAGAAUACCUCGAAGUAGAUAACAACUAUUAAGAUCUAGCCUCCAACCGUUGAACAAGAGGGCAAAUCUGAAGACCACACUCCUAAUUAGAUUGCUAUAUACCAACCUGAUAAACUGCAUCAAUAUCUACAUAGUAAUACAAUGGAAAAUAAUUUGAAGCCGAAUGUAUAAAAUUUGGAAUUAGACUUCAAUUUUAGCAAUACGAAUCCUGAUCCAAGCUAAGAGAAAGAUAAACUUACAUAUACUUUGAAUCCCUCAAUGAAUAAACGUAUCAAGUCUAAAAAGAUAGAAGAUCUGAGGAAAGUAGCAGUCAAUAACAUGAAGAAGUCUCUGACUAUGAUGAACUCAGCAGGUGGAAUGCAACGUCCGAGAUAGGGAGCAAUGAUAGCUCAAAGAAGCAAUUCAACCAAGAAUGAAUUUAUCAGAGAUUACGAGUCAUAGCAACAGCAGCAAUAGUAACCUUUUGAGGCCCCAAAGAGUAUUGUUCAAGCCAAGAAAGAUCAAAAGUAUCGAAGGAAAAUGUCUGGAAGGCCUUCGUUUAAUGCCUAGAACAAUUUGCUUUCUUCAGACAAACUUCGCAGUGGGUUCAUCAAUGAUAACACUUUGCUUAACACUGGACAGCUAUUCCAAGAGGACAAUCUCUUUAGCUGA